GUGUCGGAAACUAGUUGCUAAGCAGUAACCUCGCUAACGAGCAGGCUAGUCGUUUCCAGAAGUGGUAGGUGACCAACCGUUAGCCUAGCACGAGCCAUCUGCUUCGAGCUAACCGUUGGAAACAGUUGGGUGGGACGGACAUCUCUGUAGUUAACACGAUUAAAAUGCAUGAUUUUCUGAUUUUCAUAUAACAUUUUAAAUGCUAUAUCUUAAAGAGUAUGGUGUACUUAUGUCGUAUUCUAAGUAGCAUCUUGGUCAAGUGUCUGAGUAGCUUUUACGAUAUUAAAUAACUUCAUUCAAUUCUCGUGACACUGUUGCUGUAAACACUCAUGGUUUGCCCUUCCUGGCACACGAGCCAAUUGAAUCGCUGAAUCAUUUGAUUGACAUAACUCUCAUCCAAUAGCAACUCCGCAACAAAUAUGAUGGCUCUCUCGGCGGUGUUCGACACUGCGGGCGUCUCUUUCCGGCGCAGUACGCUGGGAUGCUGAUGCUGAGGACCCUAGCUGAUCUGUAGCAUCAUUGCAUCUCAAUGUUUCUCGACAUGUUGUUUUGUCUGAGAUUGCAGCACUGUGUUGACCUCUGUCUGUGCGGCCUACUGUUGUUUUUAGCGGGGCUGCAGCAGGUGGAAGCAGCCGCCGCCGCUGAGAUGUCCAACUUGAACUGGAAGCCGUUCAUCUACGGAGGGAUGGCCUCGAUUGUCGCAGAAUUCGGGACAUUCCCCAUCGACCUGACUAAGACACGGCUACAGGUCCAGGGUCAGUCCCAGUAUACAGAGGUGCGCUACAGAGGCAUGUUCCACGCCCUCUUCAGAAUUGGCAAGGAGGAGGGCAUCCGGGCGCUCUACUCUGGGAUUUCUCCCGCCCUGUUGAGACAAGCUUCUUAUGGGACAAUCAAGAUAGGAACCUACAAUUCUCUGAAGAGGCUGUUUGUCAGUCGCCCAGAAGACGAGACCAUGGUCAUCAACGUCUUCUGUGGCGUCGUGUCUGGAGUCCUGUCCUCCUCCCUGGCCAAUCCCACGGACGUCCUCAAGAUCAGAAUGCAGGCGCAGGGCAGUCUGCUCCAAGGCAGCAUGAUGUCCAACUUCAUCAACAUCUACCAGACAGAGGGCACCAGAGGGCUGUGGAGAGGUGUCAUUCCCACAGCACAGCGAGCAGCCAUUGUCGUCGGGGUAGAACUUCCUGUCUAUGACAUAACGAAGAAGCACCUCCUUCGCUCUGGUGUCAUGGGAGACACCAUUUUGACACAUUUCAUUUCAAGUUUCACGUGUGGCUUGGCGGGGGCGCUGGCUUCCAACCCCGUAGAUGUGGUUCGAACCCGUAUGAUGAACCAGCGAGUUUUGUCAGGAGGCCCCUUGUACAAAGGGACACUGGACGGCGUGAUGCAGACGUGGAAGAACGAGGGCUUCUUCGCUCUCUAUAAGGGAUUCUGGCCUAACUGGCUGCGACUGGGGCCUUGGAACAUCAUCUUCUUCAUCACCUUCGAGCAGCUGAAGAAGCUCCCGUUUUAACGCGAGCGAGGAAGCGGGACUGCACAGAUCUGCCAGACUGUGUCGGGCAUAAGUGGGGUGUGAAGCACGGCAGCACCUGGAGUUUUGGCACCAGUAUAUUCACACUCCCUACCAUACCCUACCAUACCAAUGAUACAAUACAGUAUCAGUCACCUGCCCAUGCUUAUCCAAAUCUUUUUUUUUUUUUUGCAACAUGUUUUAUUUAUGGUCACUGAUUCUGUUCAACCACCUUUGACUCUCCCCAGGCAGCUAAAUGUUUGGUUGUAGCAGAAAACUGGAAGUUUGGAUGAAUUAGGUUUAUGUCCUUUAGCAGGUGUGACAGGUGGAGUUUUCCACUGUGAAUUGAAUGAGUGGAAUCUGAACUUAAAAGAUAAACAGAGAAGAGAAGAAACUUGUGAUUGUAUUAUCAGGAUUCCUACACAGAUCUGGAAAAACAUGGGGGAAAAUUAUUUAUUAAUAGGGCUGGAAAAAUAUAAAUGGAAAAGCUGUUUUUUUUUGUGUGUGGGAACCCUGUCUUUUAAGCACAUAGACAUUGCAUGAAAAGUGUCGGGAAAGCUAUUACUGUAGAUUUAACUGUUGAAUGUUGAGGCUGUUACAGGUAGUUAAUGUGCAGAGAUAAGACUGGACAGGAAUAAUGCUCAACAGCACUCCACAUGAAUUAUUGAAAAUAAAAUUCAGCGAUAUGUUGUGAUCUUUGGUUUAGUAAAGUGUCAAAAAAAAAAAAAAAGGUGCCACAAAGCCUCUGAAAUUUCACAAAGCAGUUUCGAUCUCAAAGUGGGUCAGUUGCCAGAAAAUCAUUCAACACAUGAAGUUUCUGUAUAAAUUUACAACUGAAGAAAAAAAUGUUUUUCCUUUUUUUUUAAAUUUAUUUAUCAUUUGUUAGGAUCAGAUAUGAUCCACUGAAGUUUUACUUGAAACAACCAGAGAUCAGAACCAAAGCCUCUUAAUAAGAGAGCGCAACCAAAACCAAAAUAUUCAAUCCAGAUCAAUAAAUCCUAACGACGGUGUUUUUUUGGUUUAUUUUUCCGUUUUGUUUGCCUCCAGUCUGCUGCAGCAUUAGGAAAUAGAGUAAAGAGACUACAUAUUGUAAAUGGCUGUACAGACUCAUUCACACAUAGAGGUGGAUGUACUAUUUUAUCGCAGGCAUGUCCGGCUCUACGUAUGAUGCCUUGUUCCGCUAUUUUUAAUGUUGUGCACCUGGUUUGAGGUCAAGUCAUGGCAUGAAUAGAAAACAGGCAGCUGGUGUGGAUAAAAAGAGGGAAAAGUGGGCCAAAAUGUGUUUCUACCAAACUUGGUUUUGUUUGCAGCUUCUUUUAGUCCUUUAUAAAUAUUGAUUUUUACAGGAGAAAAUCUUUGCUGGAAAGUAUUUGAAAGUUUGUGUAGUUAGAAUACAUGACCUGUUUGGGACUGAGAACAACAAAUUGAUAUUGCUGAAUCAUAACUCCACCCAUGUAAAAACAAACAAACAAACAAACAAAAACAGACUGAAUGCAUUUGUUAUCUUUAAUUCUUCAUGGGAAUCUGUAAAUGAUAUCGCGGCAGUAAUCUUUAGAAAUUCUAGGAAUUAUUUACAAAUAUUUAUUUUCCCUUGUUUGACUUGCACAGUACAGUAGUACAGCUUCUUUUAUGUCAAAUAUUUUAUUUUUCAUUUAUAGUACUUUAGAUUUGUUUUACAAGUUGAAGAUAUUCCUUUUUUUUUUUUGUCAACACCACUUUUUUUUUUUUUUAGGCGGUUGGCCAAAACUUUUCCAUCCUCAAUCAGAUGGAUAUCCCAAAAUGAUCUUGCGAUUGAGAAGAGGAGUCUCUCCUCUGUUGUAAUGAUGCAAACGUGCUGGAUUCUAUAACUGAUGUACAUUAUAGAUAUUUUAUGAUGUAUAGCUUGAACAGCACUGACAACCUGCACUUCUACGUACACUGCUGUAGGCAACGUUUCUGUCUUGGCUCACCUUUAAAGGUCAUAUUUCAUCCAUACUUGUGUACAAUCCCCUGCUUACUCGCUACAUUCCCCCAUAGUGCUUUCACAUACAUGUAGGUAUAUUUUUGUGAUUUUGUGAAUCAAGUUUUUCCCUCUGGCUUCCUCGUGCUUUUGAUGAAAAACACACGUAUGGUGUCCUUUUGCCUUGAAAUGAAUCAGUGGUCAUUGCAGCUGCAGAAAUCUCACAAAUGGCCUUUUAUUCCAUUGAUCCUGCCGAAUCCAAAAUGAAACCCAUAAUCUGUCCUUAUAUAAACGCUAUCUCUAAUAUCCAAGUUGAAAAGGGGAGUAAAAUGUGUAUUUCCAAGUUAUUUUUUUCUUCUCCUUGAGCUAGAACUUUGGUUUCUUCAAUCUUUGCAUUUUUAAGUGUACUUCAUUUUAACAUUUUCAGCGUGAAUGUGCAGAAUAUACUCAAAACACAGUUAGAAUACAGUGUGCGCUUUGAGUCGAGCUGGUUUUAGAGGUCUCUUUAGGUUUUGAGUGUUGGACUCCUGUUGUUGGAACAUGUGUGUGUGUGUGUGUCUGGCGUUCCCGGUGUGCUUCUGCCUUUUUUUUUUUUAAUGAGCUUUGUGUGAAGAUAUUUGAACACAGCCCCUGGAGUCCUGGGAGAGAUGCACUGUUACAGCCUUAUAUUAAUAAUCUGUGAUAAUGUUGCACCUCUGCCGAUACCGAUGCCUCAUUAUCAUACCGAGUGUGAGAUAUAUUUUUCUUUAGUUAAAGUCUACAGGUUGUGAUACAGUUCUCGGGUUCAUAUUUCAGUUACAUUUCAGUGCAUUUGUGAAGAGAUGUGUUCAGUUACCUCAGCAGUCGUGCGUUCCUGAGCCAUUUAAACUAUCUGCUGACAGUGAUGCACAGUACUUGUGUACAGAAAAGCAUCGCAAUAUCAACCACUGUGAUACACAAUUCAUCUUUUAACACAUUUACCUUCCUCUGAACUGUGCGUCGAGGGAUUCUGAUCAGGUUUUUUUUUUUUUUUUUUUUUGGAGUUUAAGCUUGUCGAGUGACCACAGAUCGUCAGCAAAGAGUCCGCUGAGUUUCAAGUGAUUUGAUCACAAUCUGAGUGUCGUGGGGUUAAUUUUAGGAAUAUGUCCCCGGCUCAGGCUGAGGUCAGAGGUCAGAUGGAGCUUAAUUUUAGAAUUUUUGGAAGAAAACAGAUUUAACCAGUUUUGUGUUGGUUUUAGUUUUGAAGUGAUCAGUCGACAAAAAUAAUCCACCAAUAACAUUCUCUGGUUCCAGCUUCUCACUUAUCUGUGAUUCAUAUCAUAGGAAAUUGAAUAUCUUUGAGUUUAUAUUGUUACGUAAGUCCGACAAAACAAACACUCGUCUUUGGGCUCUGGGAAAUUCUGAUGAGGCGUUUUCUGACAUUUUAUAGAUAAAUUAUUGAUUGAUUUUAUCCAAAAAUCCACACAGGAUCCACAUUAGGAUGGAGGUUAUUGAACAUUUAGUUUUUGUCUGACUACUUGUUCGUCAACACCGUGUUGACGUGUUACAGUAGUAUCACAACAUGUUUUAAAGGAAUAAAAAGUGAGAUACACAGAGUUUUUUUUUAUACUAACCAACCAACUUUGUGCGCUCGUUUGCACAUUGUAGUGAAUGUAAUCGCUGUUGUGAUACUCGGCCUGGUAAAUGAUGAUAAGACUGAGCUUCUGUCAUGUUUAUAUUUAUGGAAACAUUUCAAGUGUACAACAAAGUUAAGGCAGGAAGAUCAGCACAGGAAGUGGCAGCAGUACAUUUUUUUAAGGUGUCCGGUCACCCAAAUUAUUUACCUCUAAUGCUAUUUUUAGUUGUUUUGGUAAACUGACCCUUUAAAGUACUGAAAAAUCAUGUUCAUGGAAUUAUGAUCAAUCAUGUUCUUUAGAAGAAAGUGUUGUUUUCAGCUGCUCCUCUGCAAAGACAUGUCUGUUCACAUCAUAGCGUGGUGUCUCCCAUUUCUGUUUAAUGUUACAUGAACUGUCCAGCCUUUUUUAAAAACGUCCAAAAGAUCUCUGUUUCUUCUCGUCACUGAUCGUCCCGUAGUUUAACUUUGAUUUGUUUGACUUUGACUGUGAUUGUGUUUGUGUUGUAAAAGUUUUCAUGCCAGCAAAAAUGAUUUUAGAACCAUAUUUGGGAUUUGUUCAUGUUUUUAAGCUUAUGCAAAGUUUUAUCUAUUUUCUAAUUAUCUGAAUUAUUUCAUGUUGACCUGUUUUGACUUUAGAAUGAUUCAUCUACAGUAUUUAUUUGACUCUGUUCAGUGAACCAGAAUGCGCUUUGGCUGAUGCUGCUUUCCAUUGCUGCUUGAAUUGGGG